UAGCUUUGCACAUCACAAGGAAGUCUAAGCUGAUCAUCCCUAGUUUCAGAGGCCGCAGCAAAGUUCAAUAUAAUUUUGUUCUUCCCCGGAUCAAGUUCAUUACUUUCGCAAUGCCGCUAAAAUUCAACGAGGCAAUUGAAUUGCUUUUCAAAGAUCUAUCUAAGAACCCGACACCUGAACAGCAACUUUACGUGGACGAUGCAGACGAAAUAUCCGAGAAGAUAAAUCAGGAGUUUGCUAAUAUUAAUUCCAUUUUCAAGGGUACAAUCACUAACUUGAACAAGAUAUAUUUCCUCACCGAUAUUCCUAUUCCGAAAAUGAAUUGGCUUCUUUUUCUUAAAAUGCCAUUUAAGGUAGAGCCACAGGAAGUGCACAUUCCCGGUCGUGAUGAUCGCAAUGUCUUCAAUUUAAAGACAUCUGUACAUCAUCCUGCAGUUCGUAAUGGACAUGUGAUCGGUGAAGUGCUAGUCAACCUAUUCCGUUUGGAUUUGUACAGAGUUAUUGAGCGGAUUUCUAAGGUCACUUGUAAAAGUGGAAAAUCUUACAAGCUCUGUUACAAUAUGGUCACAGAUAAUGAAGACACAUUUGCAAUUGAUGUUUAUGACGCUAAGCAUGAUGAAAUAAGGAUUUGGUAUGAUUUCUUUCCAGUGUUUAGUUUCUCUGACGAUUCUGUCAGAUAUGCCAAAAUCAACAAUUUCUUCCUUCGUGAAAAGGUUUCUGAGCGAGCAAAAAAAAUGGUAACCAAAUGGCAAAUAUUGCAUUUUUUGUGGCUGCAAUUAAAGAUAUGUAAAUAUCUUCCAUCGUCCAUAAAUAUUGGUCAAAUACUCGGACCGACUUCCUUGUCUCCAGGUGGUAAUGCCGGUGAUAUUUUGCUUGAGGUUCUAGGUAUGACCAUUACAAUCGCAAAUAAUCCAGGACCCUUGAUAUGUGUUUAUGAAAAAUUGUUGCAGUUUAAGCAAUCAGACUCCGUUGAAAUGCCAGAGUUAAAGGAACUUUUUGCAUUUCUCUAAUAUUAAUGGCACAAUUGGUCGUUAAGGAAGCGAACAUUAAUAUGUUCUUCGUUACCAAAAGGAAUACAGGAUGACAAAAGAAUAUCUGUCCUAUUAUCUUUUUUAUUUACAUAUACUAAUGAUCGAAGCAAAGAAUCUUUAAAUAAAGAAGUAUUGCAUGCAUAUAAACAG